GGUUGUGGUCACUACACUUCCCAUGCCACCUUGCGGGUAAACAGGAACUUAUCAUGUCGGCAAGCAGGGCUGCUUUUCUCAAAAACAUAAUGAAAUCGAAAAUCAUGAUGGGGAAUCGUGGAAAGAGGAACUGAGAUUAACAAAAAAACCCAAAAACGCUGUCACGAGGCUGUUUGAAAUUCGUAAAACUUCUGAUUAAGGUACUGUACAUUCAGAAGUGCUGCUCUUCUAAAAACGGCUGUUCUGUUAAAAACUAAACCUGAAAAUCACUUGAUUAUUUGAUUUUGAGCAAUUUCUUUAUAAGCACUCACAGGAUGAGAGGGAUUGUUACAUUUUACCUAACCUAUCUGCUGUGCCUGGUGUUGGGGGUCAGCUGUGUGGCAUUGGUAGCUCACUGGAAUUACAGCUAUAGAGGUGGAUUUGCAUGGGAUGGCUCAGCCAAACAGUUCAACUGGCACCCGGUCUUCAUGGUCACUGGCAUGGUGGUGCUUUAUGGGAACGCGGCCGUAGUGUACCGUAUUCCUCUGACGUGGGGUCACAAUAAGCUCCCCUGGAAGCUGUUACAUGCUGGGCUUCUGCUCCUUUCUUUCAUUCUGUCUGUUAUCGGGCUUUGUGCUGUGUUCGAGUACCACAAUGCAAACCACACAGCCAACCUCUAUUCCCUCCACAGCUGGGUGGGGAUUUGUACCGCUGCGCUUUUUGCUGCACAGUGGGUAAUGGGUUUCACGGCAUUUCUUUUACCCUGUACUCCGAUGACGGCACGUGCUCUUGUAAAGCCAGCUCAUGUUUGGAUGGGAGGAAUCAUCUUGGUACUGGGCAUUGUGUCUUGCAUCUCAGGGAUCAACGAAAAACUCUUUUUUGCACUGAAGGGAAACACCAAUGGGACGCUGCCGUAUUCCGCAUUACCACCAGAGGCAAUAACUGCAAAUGCACUGGGAGUCAUCAUUGUUGCAUUUGGAUUGGUUGUUUUGAAAAUCUUAUCCAAUCAGAUAUGGCAACGUCCUGAGCCAGGCUAUGAAGAGGGAGUUUAUCAGCCAUUUGGGUAUGAUGGAAGCUAACAAACCAAAGCUGAAAUGACUGAAAUCAAAAUAUUAUCUGCACUCUUCGAAGGAAUCAAAGUGCCCUGAUGUUACAGCAAUUCCUAUUCCUAAUUAUACAGAGCGCUGCAGUUUACUGCAAAACUUCUCUUCAUUAUGUUUGAUGUGAUUGUGCUGCUGCCGAUGUUGAUGUUGUAAAGCAUAAGCCAAAUUAUCAGAUGUAAAAUCACUGAUUGAUUGUCAGUGGUUUGUGCUUAUUUAUUAUCGGAGAAGACUUCUUUAGCAAAUGUUUAAAAUCAUUACAUUAAACACGCUGUUUGCCUCUGUGGAUGAAGUCAGACGAA